AUGUUUUCAUCAAUCAGUACGCCAUGCACACGAUGCCUUUUGGCGUCAUGGCUUGGCUUAGCAGUUCUUUCCCUGACUUUCGACGGUCUUGGUGCCGGUGGACAAUGUAAGUUUGAUCUCCAGGAGUAUCAGGAAAGGAGGAUCGCUGCCAUCAAGGGACAAAUACUCAGCAAACUUGGUCUUACUGCCCUACCAACAGAUGACGGCCCAGAGGAGGUUGAUAAACGAACAAUGGAUUUAUAUAAUCUAACGGUAUCACUGCUUGAGGAGAAAUAUCAAAAUGAGAGGCAACAAUGUCAGGGGUUAGCAGGAUCCAGUGAUGACUAUUUCGCGCAAUUGCCCAUCUUAUACGGCAUAGUGGAAACUGAAAUUGAAAAGGUAUCAAUAGAUAUCGGAAAUUAUGCAACAGUUAAGAAACUUUCCAAGUUUUUCCGAUUCGACCUCACGUCUUUCGAAGAUGACAGUCAAGGGGACGAAGUGUCCGAGGCCGAGUUUAGACUUUACCAGGUUCCUAAUGAAAUGAAGGAUACUGAACAGCAAAUCGACCUUUUUCAACUCAUACCCUCAUAUAACAGUACAGAAGAACCUACCAGGAGAUUUUUGACAAGUUGGACUGUAUCAACCACCAGAGAAGGAUGGCUCGCUCAUGACGUCACUGAUGUCGUCAGAGAAUGGGUAGCUGACCCAGAAUCAAACCUUGGAUUCGAAGUGAAUCUAAACUGUGGAGACUAUCUACUGGGACCCGUUACUACAACGCCUGCUGCUAUUACGAAAGAUCAACAUAAACUGCACGUCUUGUUCGCAGAUCCAAGAGGAACCUUUCCAAGUAUGGACAAUGGACGUGGUGAUGGUAACCCCAGAGGAGAAGGAUUCCCCAGUAUUAAUCAUCCUAGGUUAGUUGUCAUGGCACCAGCUAACCACUCAAAGGGAGGCGAAAGCAACAGCGUCAGACGGCGUCGAAGCGCUUCAUACAGCAGUUCUCAGUGCGACCAGAACUCGCCCAACUGCUGUCUUCGCCCGCUCCUUAUCAACUUCCGGCGUGACCUGAAGUGGAACUGGAUCCGUCAGCCUCGCGUCUAUUCACCGAACUUCUGCGCAGGGUCUUGUCCGUACAUCCUGAGCGCAGACACAUCCCAUGCGUCUGUCCUGUCGCUUUACAAACAUCUUAAUCCAGAUGCUAGUCCCUCGCCAUGCUGUUCCCCUCACUCCUUCAGACCUUUGACCAUCCUAUUCUACAACAGAGGAAGACCAGAGAUCAGGCAACUCAAUAACAUGAUUAUAGAAUCUUGUAGAUGUAGCUAGUCCCCCCCCCCACGCACACCUAGAUGGACAUGACGGACCAUUGAAAGAUGGUGCCAUGUAAAUUCAAACUCUAUUUAAAACAAAAACAACUUUUUGGAGGUACUACUUUGGCCUGACUGUGAUGUUGUGCUUUCUACAGGCUUAAACUGUGCAUCAUAUUGGACACUAACCCGGAUGUGCUGAAUGUGACGUCAUAUGCAAAUGACGACAUCGUUAUCAUUUCUUUCUUUUCUAUAUUGAAAAUUGUACUAUUUAUCUUAUUCUAUUUGCCAAAUCGUAUGGAAGGAAUGUUUUGUGGCACUUCAUAAACUGGUGAAUAUGUUAUGACAAGUUGAGUUAAUGUUUAAAUGCAUUCAAAGUUUUGUAUAUUUUAUUGGCCUUUUUGAUAGUUUGGUGAAAAUUGAACGCUUUACGGUGGAAUUCCUUUGCAUUAAAACUUUUCAGAUGCCGACCUUCUCAAUAUGAUCAUGGUCAAUUGUUUCAAAGGCCUUAAUAUUCUCUUUAAAAAAACUGUAUGCUGUCUAUUUAGUGAUAUAAAUCAAUUAUGGGGUAAAGAUUAUUAUUCAGUGUUAUUAAAUUAAUUAUGGGGUAAAGAUUAUUCAUCUAUAUUGUUUUUAUUUUUAUUUUUUUAAAUGUAAAAUGUCUUUUUUUUUCAAUUUGAAGGAAGAUCAGAAUUAGUGAUAAAAAUUCAGAGAUUUAAAAUGAACAUUUCAGAGGGAAUUAAUGGGAUGAGGAAUGCUGUACUACACUGGCAACGAGUUCUGCAUUUUUCAAAAAGUGUAUUUCUGUUAGCUCAUCGACGUUUUCGCAAAAGCGAUGCGCUAAAUUAUUAUAUGCUACCAGACGCGACACAGUUUGUGUUUUGAAUCUUAUGAAAAAAAAAUCAUAUAUAUAUUUCGCAUGACUUUACAUAGAGGUUGAAUAUAGUUGUCUUUCACUGGCACACAUGGCCACUGAAAAUCUCAAAGGAAUGCGUUGGUUUGGGGUUACUUUAAAAAUUGAGUUUAACAAUAAACAAAGGAAUGAUAAUUAGGCCUAUGAUGUGAAUAGAAGUAAAAAGAAAAUAAUCACAUAUUCCUCUACACAAUAUCAAAUAUUUCUGGUUUAUUUUGUCCUUUCUUCAAAUCAACAACAUCUUAUCUGAUUUACAAUACUGAUAAUUUAAUGAAAAUAGUGAAAAUGAUGACUAUCAUUAUAGUUAAAACUGUCAGAGUGUCUAUUCAACCUAUUUUGUGAUAAAAUCCAUAUAGGUGUAUGGACUAGAGUCAUCUCUCCUAUUGAUAAAUGCACGCAAAAUGAAAUGACGGUGAAUUUCUUUGAAAUAUUUAGGAAAAGGUGAUGCCAUCACUUUACCUCUUUUAAAAUGUAUUCUUUAUCUACUAAGUCCUAUUUAAAGAAAAUCUUGAAGUCAUUCCAUACAAAAAUUGAUAUAGUUUUUUAACGUUUGAUAGCGCAUGCUUAGUAAGUUGAUAAUAUGUCAUCUUUAUAUAAAAUAUAGGUUUGUUUGUAUUGAUUUUACAUUAGACUAAGUUUUUUCCUCCCUAAUAUGGAUAGGUGACAUUCUCUUCUUGGUACUCAUAAAAUUAUCCUAUCAAUCUUUUUUUCACAAUUGAUGUUUGUGAAUGUGUUUAAUUAUUGUAUGAGAGAUAUAUUGAUAUAUAAGGCAUCUGAUCAUUGGCAAAUAUGGAGAGGCCAUUUUGAUAAAUGCACUUCACAUUUCUUAUGUGGUUCCUGUCUAGUUAACUUUCAAAAGGUACUAUUAAAUCAUAUGUGGAGCGUCGUGGCCUGGUGGAUUAGUCUCCAAACUUGGAAACAGAGAGUGGGUUCAAAUACCAGCCAUGGCGUAAUUUCCUUCAGCAAGAAAUUCAUCCAGUGUGCUGCACUCGACCCAGGUGAGGUGAAUGGGUACCGGCAGGAAGUAAUUCCUCAAAAAGCUGUGUGCACCUGCAUAGGUAGCCUAGCUUAGCCGGGUAAUCAUAAUAGCAGGGCCCGCUGGGAGAACAGUUUUUGGAACUGAAGUGGCUACCCUUGGUAAAUAUACCGUUAUUAUUAUUAGGCUAAUAUGUGAUUGGGUGUGCACAAAUCUGUCUUAAAAUGCUAAUUGGAAUUUGGGGGUUAAUAAUUCUCUUGCUGAAAUUGGUGAAUGUUUAGAGAAAGCACUUAAACACAAACAAUUGUUCAGAUGUAUUCGCUAUAUAAAAGUGGAUUUUUAUUAUAGCGCAAACUCAGUGUGUAGUCUCUUGAUUGAGUUUUGAGAAGCCGUCUUACCCUAUACAUUAUUUAUCAAAAAAGCAAAUAAAAUGGCAUAUAUUUUGUUCUGACCAAAAAGUAUUUCUGUAUUCAACUACUGAUCUUGGUAAAAAUUCAGAUUUUUAAAAUCAUUUUUAGAAUACACCCCAGGGAGUGUUUCAUCAACAUUUUUGUCCAAGUUGUCCGAUCUGACAACUUUCCUUGAUGUUGAUUGGCUAAGAAGCAGCGUUACUGUGGUAACUGUCGGAUAAAACAUCCAACAAUUCUUUUCACGAUACUCUCCCUUGAUUUUAAUAAAAGCAUAUCUGUAGAAAGGAAAGCCUUCCACUGCUCAUUUUAUACGGUGCUCAAAAUUUACUUUUUUCCCCUAUAAAGUUAUGUACCAUAAAAUUGAACACAUCUUAAAUUUCAUACUUUCUGCUAUGAUAUUGUUACUUCUAUCUUGUGUGUCAUUUUACCCUCAAAUUGUUAUAUUUUCUCAAUGAAUUCAAUUUUAAUACAAAGAACGAAUGUUGUUGUGUGAUUCCUGCUUGUGAUAAUGGUCCCAUAGGGAUAUAGAUAUUGAUAUGUAAUAUUUCUUAUUAUUAAUGUACAUCUUGAAAUUGUUAUUAAAAUUAACGUGUCGGUCAAUGUACUAUG